UGAAGAUGUCUCCCUCUGCCAGCCUGCUGCUCCUGCUCCUGCUUGGCCUCUCACAGGCUAAGUUUCUACCAGAUGAUCAAUCUCACCAGCAGGAAGAAAACGAAGAAGAUGAAGCAGACAAUAAAGCUGUUUUGCUUAAAGAUGUUGACAUGACCACUAAGAUUCUGACAACUAACAACGGCACCAACAUACUCUUGAUGGAAGGAGACAUUGUGGCCCCCAAAACUAGAAAUGCCAUUAAAUGCUGGUCCAACAGCUGCUUUUGGAGGAAAGACUCAUACGGCAACGUGGUGGUCCCCUACGUUGUGAGCGAUGAGUAUUCUGACUACGAGAAGCCGACGAUUGAGAACGCUAUGAGAGGCUUUGGUCAAACCUGCGUCACCUUUGUCCCCCGCACUGACGAGUAUGAUUACGUCAGCAUUGAGAGUUUACAGGGAUGCUACUCUGAACUGGGCAGAAAGGGAGGCAUGCAGCAGGUCUCUAUUAACAGGGAUGGCUGUAUGUACAGUGGAAUCAUCCAGCACGAGCUCAACCAUGCUCUGGGCUUCCAGCACGAGCAGACCAGGAGCGACCGAGACAACUACGUCAUAAUAAACUGGGGUAACAUAAUCCCAGACGAUGCUUACAACUUUGACAAACAAGACACAAACAACCAGAACACUCCAUACGAUUAUGGCUCCAUCAUGCACUAUGGAAGAACAGCCUUCGCCAUUGCGUACGGAGUGGACACCAUCACACCCAUCCCCAACCCCAACGUCCAGAUUGGCCAAAGACAGGCUUUGUCCUACUGGGACGUCCAAAGGAUCAAUUUGCUGUACCAAUGCUGAGAAGACCUCUCAUGAGU